UUCCUGUGUGAUUUGUCGUUUCUCUCUGCAGGCGCUUGCUAUUUUUCUUGCUUUUUAGCACGUUAGCUUCCAGACAUAGCUGACCAAACGUACCUGCUAACGGUUUUCUGAAUAAUGUGCUAGAUCUAUGUCGAUGUAUGAAUGUCUCUGACUUCUUAGCGUUUGUCCAAUUCUUUCUUGACUGCAUUUUGAAGUACCAGCUGGGAGUAAAUGUUGUGAAUCUGAAUUAGCAUAUUAGCCGAUGUGUGUCCGCAGUAACAGUCUCGUGGCUGCAAGAGGUGGAUCACAGGAUGUCUGAGCUGUUUAUGGAGUGUGAAGAGGAGGAGUUGGAGCCGUGGCAGAAGGCAAUACCAGAAAUCAAUCUGAUCGAUGAUGAUGAUGAUGAUGAACCAAUAUUUGUCGGUGAAAUUUGUAGCUCCAAGCCUGCAGCCAACAAAAGACAAGGUGCUGUUAACCAACAGAACCAGAGGAAUGUCUCGGUUCAAAAACCCUCUACGUUGGCAUCAUCACAAAAUACUCCGCAAGUGCUAUCAAACCCCGCUAGGGUAGCUACAGGUCCUACAAUCAUGGUCAGAGGCUCUGCCCCGUCAGGAGGAAAUCCUAUCCUCAUCCCUCUCAACACAACUCUAGGACCUCAGACAGCCCCUCAACCCAUCAUUAUUAACAAUCAGGGUUACGUUGUGGCAUCACCACAGACUCUCAACAGCAACACCUCGUUCAUCAGCUCUCUGGGCUCACAGUAUCCACCAGGAACCACUGUCACGAUUGUGCCAGCAACAGGUCAGCAGAUGGUGCCGCAAGUCAUUGCUGCUUCAAAGCAGGGGGUCAUCCAUAGGCCUCAAGUGCAGCAUAUCCAGGACAAUGUGGUGACCUUGUCCAAUGUGCAAGCCCCGGCUAACCUUUCUCCUCUGUCCCAAACUACUUCAGGAUCUCGAAGCACAACAGGCAUUGUCCCAGCAACACUACCAAAAAGAAAAACUGUAUCCCUGCAAGCUAUGAACAGCAGAGAUAAUGGCAAAAUGAUAAAUGACACAAACAACAGUGGGUCCAAAGGAGGUAAGCUUGACAUGGCUGGGGAAAAUGAUUUCCCCUUCACAAAGAAGUGUCCCAGGUGUCAGAAUGCGUUUGCCUUUCAGCCUUUAAAAAAUCAUAUGAAGCUGUGCUGUCCUGAAUUGUUGGACUCUGUGUUCCCUUCAACAUCGAAGCCUGACAAUCAAGCCAGUGCGCUGAAAGUCUACGAGUCUGACAAAGGCAAACUCAUCAUGCUGGUUUCAGACUUCUACUAUGGGAAAUGUGAAGGGGAUCCAUCUCUGAUUUCCAAAUUCAAGUCCAACACCACGUUUAAGUGCAACAGCUGUUUAAAAAUGCUCAAGAACAAUAUCAGGUUCAUGAACCACAUGAAACACCACCUGGAGUUGGAGAAGCAGAACAGUGAGAGCUGGGAGAGUCACACUACGUGUCAACAUUGUUAUCGGCAGUAUUCAACUCCCUUUCAACUGCAGUGUCACAUAGAGAGUGCUCACAGCCCCUUCGAGUCCACCAGCAAUUGUAAAAUAUGCGAAUUGGCUUUUGAGACGGAGCAAGUGCUUCUGGAGCACAUGAGGGACAAUCACAAACCUGGAGAGAUGCCCUAUGCCUGUCAGGUUUGCAACUACAGGUCCUCCUUCUUCACUGAUGUGGAUAACCAUUUCCGCACAGUUCAUGAAAACACUAAAGACCUGCUUUGUCCCUUUUGCCUGAAAGUGCUUCGCAGUGGCCAUAUGUACAUGCAACACUACAUGCGACAUCAAAAAAAAGGGAUUCAAAGGUGUGGAAAGUGCAGAUUAAAUUUCCUCACCUAUAAGGAAAAAGUGGAACACAAAACUCACUUCCACCGAACCUAUAGGAAGCCUAGAAACCUUGACGGAUUGCCUCCAGGAACCAAGGUGACGAUUCGGGCCUCAGUUUCUGGUGCGCCAAUGUCUUCCGAAGCUUCAAGCAAGUCCUACAUCAUACCCACAAGUCCUGAAAUGACCAAACAGCCUGUUAAAACACCAGCAAACACAACCAAACCAAACAUAAAUGGAGGAAAGACGAAGACCACAAACCAGUUCAGCUGGAGCCCAAGCAUCCAAAAUAAUGAACUGAAAAGUCUAAAACUUCCGAGGAGAGGAAAUAGAUGUGUUGAGUGUCUCUCAGAGGUUAAGGACCCUUAUGUUCACUAUCCUUUAUCGCUGAGGUGCAAUAUAUGCAAGUUCAGAUCAAGUUGCCAGAAAGCCUUCCGACAGCAUAUGGUCAGGUUUCACAGCGGUUCUUCAAAAGAACGCUUUGGGAAAGUGAGGAAGCCUCCACGCGGAUUGCGGAGUCUAACACUGGUGUGUCUCAAGUGUGACUUUCUGGCUGAUGCCUCUGGAGCUGACCAGAUGACUGAACAUUUGCUCAACAGGCCGAACCACUCCUGCCAGGCCAUCCUGGAGCCAGUGACCAAUGGAGGAUCAGAAAUGAACAGGUCACCUGAGACCCAUGAUGACUCCAAACAACUCAUUCCCAUUAUACUAAAUCCUGAGGCUAGAGAUGAGACCGAACCCAUUCAGAUAGGUGAUGUAGAAGCUAUACCAAACAAGAACAACAUAACAGAGGAUGGGUCUGAGGUUCUCGGAGCUGAAAAGUGUGACCCAGACGAGGUAAAGGAUGACACAGUGGAGGCUGCAACCAAUGAUGUGUCAGUAGAGGAAUCACACAAGAGCCUUCCCUCUCACUCACCCUCUGAGGCUCCCGUCAGCCCGCUUUCUGCCCUCACAGAUGAAUGUGGCGUAACGCCCACUGAUUUUCUUUGUAAAACGGAUGAAACCGAGGGGAUGAGAACAGAAUCUCAACUGGAACCUCUCACUCCAUCCGAGGUGCUUGAGGACGAAGCCACUGAGGACUCACAAGUGGAGAUGAAUGGUUAACUGCAACCCAGUACAAUCAGAACCGAGGCAUCACUAGACAUAAGAAGCAGCAGUUCCCCACAGACUCACCCCCUACCCUAUUUUUUUUUAAUAAAACAUGCAUUAAUAGGAACUCUUUUUCCAAAUACAUGAUUAAAUGAAAGCAUACUGUGCUGAAACAUGACUUUAAAUUCUCUUAUACUAUACAAGUACUUUAUUUCUGUACUUAUGUAAGGU